CAGCACGGUUCCCUUCUCUUCUGUCGCUGUUCUCUCCUUAAAUCUUGAGUUCUUCGAAUUCUUCUUCAAUUAUAACCCCAAAAGCCAAAAACCGAAAAUAAAAUAGAAAUUAUUAGAGGGCUAAUGAUAAUUUUGGUGUAAUUUAAUUGAGACAAUAACAAAUGAAUCUGGUUGUGAUGAUGAGCAUGGAUGGUGUGGCAUGGAGAGGAUUCGGAUGUACAAUCUUUAUACUCCAUUUUGUUUUUGUUUGUCACUUCUUACUUCUCCAACCUCUUGUUUCUGCUUCAGUGCUGUAUGAAUUUGUAGAUACGGAAGCUGGAAAUGCUGCGGAGUUGUUUGAAAGGGCUUCUCAAAGUAUAAAACUUAAGCGUUACAGUGACGCACUUGAUGACCUCAAUGCUGCAAUUGAGGCAGAUCCCUCCCUCUCUGAAGCUUAUAUUCGGCGUGCCUCCAUUCUUCGUCAGUUAUGCAGAUACAAUGAAUCUGAAAAGAGCUACAAAAAGUUUCUGGAGCUAAAACCUGGGCAUUUGACUGCGGAAAAGGAACUUUCUCAAUUGCAUCAAGCUCAGAGUGCAUUGGAUACUGCUUUGACUCUUUUGGAUUCAGGGGAUUAUGCAAAAUCUCUGGAAUAUGUUGAUAAAGUUGUCCUUGUGUUUUCUCCAGCAUGCUCGGAGGCCAAACUCCUCAGAGUAAAGUUGUUGUUAGCUGUUCAAGACUACUCUGCUGUCAUCUCCGAGGCUGGGUAUAUUCUCAAGGAAGAUGAAAAUAAUCUAGAGGCACUACUGCUCCGUGGCCGUGCGUACUACUAUUUAGCAGAUCAUGAUGUUGCUACAAAGCAUUACCAAAAGGGUCUCCGUCUUGAUCCAGAGCACAGUCAGCUGAAGAAAGCGUAUUUUGGGCUGAAAAAUUUACUCAAGAAAACUAAAAAUGCAGAAGAUAAUGCAAGUAAGGGUAAACUACGUGUCGCAGUAGAGGAUUACAGAGCAGCACUCGCACUGGACCCUCAUCACCUUGCACACAAUGUACAUCUUCACCUAGGCUUAUGUAAGGUCUUGGUUAAGCUUGGCAGGGGCAAGGAUGCUUUAACUAGUUGCAAUGAAGCGCUCAACAUUGAAGGGGAGCUUCUUGAAGCUUUAGUUCAGAGAGGUGAAGCUAAACUCAUAGUAGAGGACUGGGAAGGAGCUGUUGAAGAUCUGAAAUCAGCAGCUGAAAAAUCACCUCAGGAUAUGAGUAUCCGGGAAGCAUUGAUGAAGGCAGAGAAGGCUUUGAAGAUGAGUAAGCGCCGGGAUUGGUACAAGAUAUUAGGAAUUUCAAAGACUGCAUCCGUAUCUGAAAUCAAACGUGCAUAUAAAAAGCUUGCUCUGCAGUGGCAUCCGGAUAAGAAUGUUGAUAAUAGAGAAGAAGCAGAGGCCAAGUUCCGAGAUAUUGCAGCUGCAUAUGAGGUUCUUGGAGACGAUGAUAAGCGUGCAAGAUAUGAUAGAGGAGAAGACAUGGAAGACAUGGGGAUGGGUGGAGGUGGCGGUGGCAACCCAUUCGGCGGUGGUGGACAGCAAUUUUCAUUUCAUUUUGAGGGAGGCUUUCCUGGUGGUGGAUUUGACGGAGGUUUUCCUGGUGGUUAUCAAUUCCAUUUUUGACAUCGGUGAAACGAAGGGAUUAUUUUCUGCUGUUGCAAAUACAGGAGGUUUCGUUUCCUCUGUCCUAACCAAUUUGACUAAUACUAACAGGUACAUCUUAGGGAAUUAAAUGAGGCUUGUUGCACGAUCAAUGUAUUUCUUGAUAAAGUUUUGCUUCCAGAAUCUUCCAAGUUCUGGAACCUGUAUUGGUUGAUUCAAGGAGGUUAUUGAGCUCGAUUCAUUCA